AUGAGGCUAACAGGCAGAAUGGCAGCUCUCACCAGAUUCAUCAGCAAAUCAGCUGACAAGGCCUUACCUUUCUUUCAGCUCCUUAGGGGUAACAAGACCUUCAAAUGGGGAGAGGAAGAAAGGACAGCGUUCGCAGCAAUAAAAGAGCAUCUAAAGAAACUUCCUACGGUCACAAGACCGAAAGAAGGAGAGAGGUUGCAGCUAUACAUUUCAGCAUCACCCAAAACGGUAGCAGCAGUUCUGUUGGUUGAGCGCAUCAAGACCCAACUACCCAUCUAUUUUGUCAGCCAUGUCCUAAACGAGGCUGAGCAAAGGUACCCUUUGCUGGAAAAAAUGUCCUUAGCCGUCAUGAUAGCCGCAAGGAAGCUCAGGCCCUAUUUCGACGCUCACACUAUACAGGUGCUCAGCAACCACCCGUUAGAAAAAGCAUUGCAGAAGCUGGACACGUCGGGUAGGCUGCUCAGGUGGGCGGUAGAGCUCUCCGAAUUUGAAGUAGAGUACAAGCCAAGGACAGCGAUCAAAGCUCAAGCCUUGGCGGAUUUCAUAGUAGAGGCCUCCUACGAAGAAGAAGAGGAACCGGUUGGGGUCUGGAAAUUAGCAGUAGACGGAUCUGCGGCGCAGACCGGUUCAGGAGCUGGGAUCAUCAUGACUUCGCCAGAGGGAAAUGUGUUUGAAUACGCAAUCAAAUUCAAGGCCUCGAACAAUGAAGCAGAGUACGAAGCAGCAAUAGCAGGUAUAAAAAUGUGCAUGGCAGCAGAUGCCAAAAAGAUAAGGCUCCAGACCGAUUCCCAGCUGGUAGCAAGUCAAAUCAGAGGGGAGUAUGAAGCUCGAGAACCAGCUAUGCAAAAAUAUCUGCAGAUGAUUAAAGAUCUAGCAGCACAGUUGAUCAGCCUCGAAGUAGUGCUGGUCCCCAGGGCCGACAAUUCUCAGGCGGAUGCCUUGUCAAAACUAGCCAGCUCUACACUCCAGGAUCUGAACAGAACAGUCAUGGUGGAAGUCAUGGAACAGCGCAGCAUAGAUAAGGCAGAGCGCAUCAACUGCGUUACAGCACAAAAGGAAUGGUACGAUGACAUCCAAGAGUACAAGUUAACAGGGAAGCUGCCCGACGACCAGACAAUCGCGAAGGCAGUAAAAAGAGACUCACACUGGUACAUCAUCUAUCAGGGGCAAUUGUACAAGAGGUCUGACUCAUACCCUCUAUUGCGCUGCACCUCCGAAAGCGAGAAACUCCCAGCAAUGGAAGAAGCUCCUGAGGGGAUCUGCGGAAAUCACAUCGGAGGAAAAGCACUAAGUCAUGAGGUGAUGAGAAGAGGAAACUAUUGGCCUACAAUGGUGAAAGACUGCCUCAGAUACGUGAAGAAGUGUGAUAAGUGUCAAAAAUUCGCCCCAGUAAUGAAUCAGCCAGCGAAUGAUCUAUGUCCAAUCCUUAACCCUAUACCUUUUGCUCAGUGGGGAAUGGAUAUUUUAGGCCCCUUCACCACAGCAUCAGGUGGGCGGAAAUAUUUGAUCGUAGCUGUUGAUUACUUUACCAAGUGGAUUGAGGCCGAACCCACCAAGUUUAUCAAAGCCAGGCAAGUCAGAUCCUUCAUUUGGAAGAACAUCAUUACAAGAUUCGGUAUUCCACAGUGCAUUGUGUUUGACCAUGGCACUCAAUUCGACUGCGACACCAUCAAAGACUACUGUGCUGAAUUCAAGAUCAAGUUCGCGAGCGCUGCGGUAUGCCACCCUCAGAGCAAUGGCCAAGCUGAAGCGGCAAAUAAACAGAUUCUGCUAGCCUUACAGAAAAAGCUGGAGGAACACAAGGGGCUAUGGGCAGAUUUAGUGCCAGAAGUACUCUGGGCUAAUAGAACCACAGAAAAGGGGGCUACAGGCAAAAGCCCAUUCUCACUAGCCUUUGGAGCUGAGGCGGUGGUCCCCAUAGAAGUCGGUUUGCCUAGCUUUCGAGUUCAGCAUUACGACCCUGAAGUCAACGAACAACUCAUGAGGGAAGCACUAGAUCAACUGCCAGAGAUGAGGCUCCAAGCAGCUCUUAAGCUAGCAGCACAGAAGAACAGGAUGAGCAGGAUUUACAACAGGAGAGUCAGGCACAGACCUUUGACAGAGGGAGACCUGGUGCUGAGAAGAACAGCAGCGGUAGGAAAGGGAAAUGUACAUGGAAAAUUCACUGCCAACUGGGAAGGCCCCUACCAGAUCUGCGAGCAGGUGGCACCAGGGUCAUACAAGCUCAUGACUGUAGAAGGAGAACCACUGAAAAACAGCUUUAAUGCAGAUGUCCUGAAAAAGUACUUCGUUUAA